AUGGAAAGAGAAAAUUGUUCCUCCCUGACAAAAUUUAUUCUAUUGGGAAUUACUAAUAACCCUGAGAAAAAGAUGUUGCUAUUUGCCACUUGUCUAUUUAUUUAUCUCACUAGUCUUCUGGCAAACCUUGGGAUGAUCAUUCUAAUUCGAAUGAACACCCAGCUGCACACACCAAUGUACUUUUUCCUCAGCCACCUCUCUUUAAGUGACUUAGGCUAUUCCACAGCUGUGGGGCCCAAGAUGCUAGUGGACGUCUUUGGCAAGGAUAAAUCAAUCCCUUUCUUUGGCUGUGCUCUGCAGUUCUUUAUCAUCUGUGUGUUUAUAGAUGCUGAGUGUCUACUGCUGGCUGUCAUGGCCUUUGACAGGUAUAAAGCCAUUAGCAACCCUUUGCUCUACACAGCCAACAUGAACAGCAGUGUGUGUCACUGUCUCAUGGUUGGAGUUUACCUGACGGGACUGAUAGACGGUUUGAUACACACAGUCCUGGCGUUCCGCUUGUGUUUCUGUGGAUCCAAGGAGAUUAACCAUUUCUUCUGUGACUUACCUCCACUCCUCCUCCUUUCCUGCUCUGACAUUCAGGUCAAUGAGUUGACAUUAUUUACCCUUUUUGGCUUCAUUGAACUGAGUACCAUCUCGGGAGUUCUUAUCUCUUACUGUUACGUCAUCCUAUCAGUCCUGAAGAUCAGCUCUGCUGAGGGAAGGUUCAAAGCCUUCUCCACCUGCACCUCCCACCUCACAGCAGUAGCCAUCUUCCAGGGAACGAUGCUCUUCAUGUAUUUUAGGCCAAGUUCUUCCUACUCCCUAGAUCAUGACAAAAUUUUCUCCUUGUUUUACACCCUUGUAAUUCCCAUGUUCAACCCACUGAUUUACAGUCUCAGGAACAAGGAUGUCAUAAAUGCCUUGGUGAAACUGAAAACUGAAAGGUGGCGCUAA